AUGCGCUCGUCCGACCCGUUUCGCGCCCCGUCGCGCCCCGUCCCCCACCGGCGCUGGGACACGGCCCCCCGUGACGACCGCCGCCCCGUUCCCGCGCUGUUCUCGCCCCGAGCCAAAGCACGCGACGGCCCACCGGUCGCCUCUUCGGCCGUCUACGCGAGUGAGCGCCACCGACGGCCUAUGGCGAGUCGCGACUUUGCGCUUCCUGCAGUACCGCAGCCGACUGCACGUCGAUGGGGCGCCCCACCGACAGAGACGUCGCCAUUGGUGUACGACGACCCGUUCCAGGCCGACUCGUCCAUGGGCACGUACGGCUCGAGGCCGUCGCCAGUGUCAAUUGGUAUGGCGUCUCGUAAAGCAGGAGAAGCUGCACACGGGUACCGAGCGAUUGACGCGCUCGACUGUCGGCCUGUGGUUCCACACUCGACGACUGAAGACUAUGACAGUGCCGCGAGAGCGUUCGCGGUGGACUAUGAGCUCGAGCCACAGCACAGUCAGACAGAGCUGCAGCGCUAUUACGCGUCGAGGCAGUCGCUCCGAGCGAUGAACGGCGUUGCCACGAGGGAACGGGAUCGACGACCAGCGGGUCACCACGAGCUCUACGCGCGAGAAAUGAGGGGACGCGAGGAACCGCUGGACGACGUGCGGUUCGGUGACCACGCAACGCGACUUGCGGGUCUGCCGAGGAGUCUGCCGUCCCCUGCGUCGCUGACGUUUGGACUGCUCUCGAGUGAAGCGACGAGGGACGUGCACAGUCGACGGUACCAUGUCGUGUCGCCCCCGACUGCGCAGAAUGCGUUUCGGUAUGGACAACCGCAGUCGGCCGACGUAUUGCUUGAACCAGCUACGGUGGAGAUGUAUCCAGCUGACACGUCGAGUGCUCGAGCGCCCCUACGACACGAGUUCACGCAAGAGGCAGAGUUUUCACGGCAGCGAACGCACCAGUCGGUACUGCGAAGACCUCCUCCUUCUUACGGUGAACAUCCGACGCGCAGCAAUGAUAUGGUAAUGGCCGACAGACGAUCGUCGCUCGGUCUCGACUUGUCUCGUGUCCGACGUGAUCCAGAGAGUCGGCCAGUGUACAAAGACUUGGCUCUUGCGAGUCCCAGCAUGGCCCUGAACGACGACUACAGGCAAUUCUUGCCCAGCAGUAGUGCAAGUGCGAUGGCCGGUUUAUCCUCUGGUCGACUGCGGCAACACAGCCACGUGAUUGCGCGGCUGCAGACGACCAAGCGACCACGACGACCCCAUGACCCAUUUUUGUAUGCUCGCCCUGAAGACUUGGCGCUGGCACCGCAAGGACCGACCGCCACGACGGCGUGUGCUCUCACGCCUGUUGCUGCUGGUAUGGCUAGCAUCUCUUCGUUCUACCGGAAAAAAGACGGGGUCGAGGAGGAAACAGCUCUGCCCAAGCGCCGAUGUGGACGCAAGAGCAUGAACUACUCGUCCGAGCAAAAGCGCGAGCGCAAUCGUGCAGCCGUGAAGAAAUGCCGACAGCGGCAGGCGCUGAAACUGGAAUACUUGCGGCACAAGGCUGAGUCAUUGACGGCUGAGAACCAUACGCUCUCGGAGAUGCUAAUCCAGGACGCUGCGCUGGACGACGACCAGCGCACGUCGCUGAUGCGCGGCAUUCAGAUGGACAUUUUGCUCAAGAUCAAGGAAGUGUUUACACAGAGUCUGCCGAAAGACUUUGUGCUUGACGCCGACUCGAUCUGGGACCUCAACUCGGUGCUGACGGUAUCCAUGCCGUCCCGUUGCUACUAUGGCGUCGAGAGCAUCAAAGACUUUUGGCGGACGUCGUUGCGCAUGCGCAACAAGGGCAAAAUCCGUUCGUUCUGGGCGUGGCUCUUCCGGCUUCCGCCCGGUGACCGCUUUUCAGCGUUUGAGAUCCAGCCGUUCUCGCCCACGUCGAACCUGUACUUUAUCUCUUGGACCACGAAAUCGAGUCCGUCGCUGGCUGGCUCCAUGAUCAUCAUGUUUGGCGAUGGGCAUCGCGUGAGCCUCCACGUCGAGUGCUUUGGCUGGCUCAUUUGGCGGUACUUGCUGACGAACGAGCCGUUUCCAGAUAUCUCGUUGGAUUGA